AUGCCAAAAGCUCUUAACAAAAUUACAUCCACAUUCUUUAAAAGUAAAAUGAAAGUUGGCACCAAUUUUGAAAUUUGGCUUAAUUUAGUAAGAACAGAACAAUUGGCUGAUUAUAAGAAAGAUUCAACCAUAUGCGAAAAAGAAAAGAAAUUUAUGAAAGAAGUUAAGCUUAAUAUUGUUAAAGCAUAUUUUAGUGGAGUUGAUGAAAAUUUAAAGGAUUUUAUUGCUGAUGAUGACAAAAUGUAG